AUGUGACGUCAUAUACUACUUUGUUUAAAAAAUGACGUAAUCAACCGGUAGCAACUGCCGUGUACAUCCUAAUAUUAACCAAUGAAAAGGGCGGAUUAGUGUCUACACACAUGUGGUAGACGGUUUUUCUACCACCCCUUUCUAGCACCUUUCUACAACGUCAUUGUGCUAGAAAUAGCCGCCUGCUUACUUACAGAUCUAAAUUGUCAAGCUACAGUGAUUUAUUGUUCAUUCACCAUACCACUUCAAUCAGCAUUACAACCAUAAUGUCGACAAUCCCACCGAGAAUGAUCCAAACCAUUGACCUCUACAACUACACAUGUUCAGAUGGACUUCUAAUACCAGCAAUAAAUGAGUACACGUGGUCCACUGGUGUCCGGGCAUUCCUCUAUUUCAGCGGUCUUCUCUGGUGCUUUUUAGGGGUGGCCAUCAUCGCAGAUGUCUUCAUGAGUUCCAUUGAACACAUCACUAGUAAAACAUCUACAAUUUACAUCCAUGAUGCAUCAGCUCCUGGUGGCGUGAGAACACUGGAAGUGAAGUUCUGGAAUGAUACAGUGGCCAAUCUGAGUCUUCUUGCUUUGGGAACUAGUGCCCCUGAGUGCCUUCUUCCUGUUAUAGAAAUCCUUGGCCAUAACUUUGUAGCUGGCGAGAUGGGUCUGGGAACUAUCGUAGGAACAGCUGCCUAUAAUCUGUUGGUGAUAACGGCCAUCUGCAUUGUAGUUAUACCUGCUGGUGAGAUCAGACGAGUUAAGAGUAUCACGGUGUUUCUUGUGAUGGGCUUUAUGUGCGUGUUCGCCUACGUCUGGCUAGCGCUCGUUCUUCUCGUCAUAUCUCCAGGAAUCGUCAAGCUGUGGGAGGCCAUAGUGACCCUCUUGAUGUUUCCACUGCUCAUCUUUGUGGCGUACCUUGCUCAAAGGGACUUCCACUUCAAGGGGAAGAGGGUACAUGUAAAGCAAUGGCCAGGACCAAUUGCUAUUGAAACGGUUAAGAGGGGCCACAAACCACCAUCGUUGAACUAGUCUGAAGGGAGUAUAAUGAGAUGCCAGAGUGAUACAGCUGCCACUAAACAGCAAGGUCUGGGGACGUGUGUGUGUAAACAGAUAUUCUAACAAGUGCAUGACAGUAUCUUUUUAUAUGUGUAAUGAUUAAUUUACUGACCUUACAGUAUUGUCAUCAAACUUAAAGUAAUCUGGAUCCAUGAAGUUUUGAUCAGGCUGUUUUUAAAAAUUUCUUCUAUUAGCAAUAUAAUCUCUUUAUCUCUACUAAAUUAAUUUAGUGUCCUUACAGUAUUGUCAUCAGACAUACAUUCAUUUGAUCCAUGAAGUUUUGAUCAGGCUGUCUUUUUAAAAUUCCUUCUAUCAGCAAUAUUCUUUUUGUCUCUACUAAAGUAAAGAAACCUAAUACUAUUACAUUUUAAAUUUAUUUUAUGAAGUAU